AUGGUGGUCGUGUACGUGGGUGGACUUUCAAAGAACACAACAGAGGAAAGCCUGCGGGAGCUAUUUAGUCGGCGGGUACAGAUCAAAAGCGUGGAACUAAACAGAAAGCACGUCAGGGUCUUCAAUGACAUAGAGAAGGCUCCUGUAUUUGCUUUUUUGGACUGUGUCUGUGACGAGGACCAAUUGGCCAAGGUCCUAGCGUACAAUAAAUGCUACUGGAAUGGAACGUACCUUCGAGUCCAAGUAGCUAGAAAAGGGCCGUACAUGCACGUGCCAAAGACCUCUGAAGAGAAGUCCCAAACGGAUGUACAAAGGUUGCCCGAACCACACAUAGAGCCUGACUCGCAUUGCGCAUCUACGACACAACACGUGGACAUGUCUAGGCCUUCCGAGGAUGCUGUGCCAUCCCAUCCUCGUAGAAAACGCGUACGUGUGUUCGAUACCCUGAGGUCUAGCAUCUGUUCCUGA